AUGUCAAGUUAUGGGAAUCCAGAAACAACAAAUGAAUUGUUCUCAAAACUCUACAAAGAGGCUGAGCAGAUCAAGCAGUGGAAACUGACUGUGGAAUCAGAACUAAACCAGAAAGAAAGAAAACUCCAAGAGAAUAGAAAGAUUAUUGAAGCACAGAAGAAAGCCAUUCAAGAGCUGCAGUUUGAAAAUGAGAAACUCCAUUUGAAACUGGAAGAUGAGAUAUGUGAAAAUAAAGAUCUCUUGAAAGAAGCUGCUGCUUCGAGGCAUCUGUGUAAUCUGCUCAAGGAAACCUGCACUCGCUUCACAGAGAAGACCAGUAAAUAUGAACAGGAAAAGGAAGCAACAAAACAAUUGUAUGAGGAACUUUACAGCAACAUAGAAAGAAUGACAAUGGCAUUUGGAGAGCUUCGUGUGCAAGCAGAGAACGACAGAUUGGAAAUGAGUUUCAAAUUAAAACUAGAAGCAGAAAAAGUGGACAAGUUUGAGAAAGACUGCAAACUGAAAGUCAGUCAAAAGGAAAAGCAGAUUUCAGCUCUUACCAUACAGAGAGAUGAAAAAGAUGAUGUCAUAAAAGACAUCGAGGCUCAGCUGCAGAUGUCACAAAAUAAGAUUGCUGACUUAAUGGAAGCAAAAUUACAUAAUGAAGAAAUGUUAAAGGAAUCCUAGGGCAGUAAAGAACAUUUGAGGGCAGAGCUGGAAGAGGCUAAAAUUUCAUUGCAAAAGGCAGAGGUUGCUCAGAAGAACUUGGAAACUGAAUUCCGGACUACAGUGAAGACAUUAAUUCAGGUCACUGGAGAAAAGGAAGAGCAGGAGGAAGAAUGUAAAAAAAUGAAGGCUUUGCUUGCGGCCCUGACAGAGGAGUUUGAGACUUCUGUUGCCAAUUUGAAAAGCUUGCAAAAUAGGCAAAUUAAUGAAAAUCUGAAGAUUUCUGAAGACUCAAAGCUGCUUAUCUUGGAGCUCCGGAAUAAAUCUGCUGAACUGGAAAGGCUUAUGACUAAAGUAAAAUGUGAUAAAGAAGUGCAACUUGAAGAGCUGUCAGAAACUCUGGUAAAUGUUCAUUUUAUUAAUCUCAUGGCUUUGAAGAAGAAUCUUGAGGCUACUGUAGAAAAUUUGCAGAGACAGAGCAAUGUGGAGAGAGAAAAAAAUGCUCUCCAGAUGAGAGAGAAAGAAUUGCAGGAUUUGAAAGCACAGCUGACAUGUACAGCUGAGAAGGAACAAGAUUAUUUAAAGCAGCUUGUGACUCUGAAAACAGAUCUUGAACAAGAGGGGUUAAAGAAUGAACAGCUAACAGUGUAUCUCAGUAAGCUUUCACUAGAGAAAGAACAAACAGCACAAGAGAAAAAUGCUGUGGCUGCAGAACUCCAGAAGCUGCAAGAACAACAAGAGGAUAGUAAGAAAGAAGAAGAAAAUACAAAGCAGUUAGUUGAAAAUCUAGAAGAGGCAAAUAGCCAGCUAAGAAAUGAACUGGAGUCUUUGAAGGAGAAAAUGGCAAAGACAGGUGAAGAGUUGAAAAGUACACUGGAUGACAGAGAAGAAAAUGUAUGUCAUAGUACUGAAAAUGAAAUUUCCAGAAAGGAAAAGCCAUUGAAGAUUCUAGAAAAUAAGAUGAAUAAUUUAAAGAAACCGGUGGAAAAUAAAACCAAAUGCAUUGAAGAGUUGCAGCAGGAGAAUAAGGUGCUGAAGAAGAAAAUUAUUGCAGAAAGCAAGAAAAGCAAUACUUAUGAAGAGAAGGUGAAUAAAUUGCAGUUAGACAAGGAAAAUAUGAACAAGCAACACAAGGAAGAAGUUGACAUCUAUCAAAAAGACAUAGAAACAAGAAAAGUAAAUUAAAAUAUACUUUGUGAAGAGGUAGAAAAGAUGAGGUUGCUUUGUGAUGAAACUGCAAUGAUACGGAGAGAAACUGAUGCCAGAUGUCAGCACAAGAUAACUGAGAUGGUGGCACUAAUGGAAAAGCACAAGAAUGAAUAUGAUAAAAUAGUUGAAGAAAAAGAUGCAGAGUUAAAAGUAUAUAAAAUGAAACAGCAAAAGCAGUUAUCAUCAGAAAGAGCACUGGAAAAUGAGCUGUCAUGUUUGAAACGGGAACUGUCCUCCCUUAAGGAACAACUGAGAGCAGAAAUGGAAGAAAAGGAGAAUCUUGUAAAAGAGCACUCUGGCAGUGUGAUUCCUGACAGUGAA